GCCUACGGAGGGAGGCCCGGACCCGGUGGAGCUGCCAGAGUCCAGAUAAGACUCCCCCGGUUGACCUUGUCGUUGAUCACUGAACACAAACAACACACCGUCCAGGGGGAAACAUGGCGACCCCGGGUUUACCUGCCGCACUCCCCAGCUCGGGACUCAGAUUAUCGAAAGAGCAUUUUGUGGUUGCCGUGCCGGUUGCAGUGGUUGCAGGUAUCGGAGGUUUCCUCGUCAGCCAUUACCUGAGCGGGCGGAGCUGUAAAAAGGGCCUGGUGAACACAUCCAUCAGUAAAGACAGUCCUAAAGUGGUCCACAGCUUCGACAUGGAGGACAUCGGCACCAAGGCUGUGUACUGCCGCUGCUGGAAGUCAAAGAAGUUCCCUUUCUGCGACGGAGCCCACACCAAACACAACGAGGAGACCGGGGACAACGUCGGGCCGCUCAUCAUCAAGAAGAAGGACGCUUAAGCACCCCCCCCCCAGAGAAAAUCCGCCCUCGUUUGACAUCUCAUGCACCCGAGCCCGGUUUCAUCAAAUCAUUGUAUCAUCAACGUUGCAGUCACACUGAUGGUUACGGUAUAACGCGGCCACAGUUUAAACCAAACUGUAGAUAGUUUGCAGAACAGAAACUCAGAAAAAGAAAUCUUGAUGAAUUUUGAUUUAAUACAUUCCUCAGUGUUCCUACAUUAAUUGACUUUGAAGCAAAGGUCACUUGAGGACAGAUAAGGAAGGGACUUUGACAAUCAGCAGUUCGAUACGGAGGUACCAUUACUGUGCAGUGGCAUAUUUUGACCUACUAAAAGCGAAGAGUUUGCUUCAGAUUCUCUCCUGACAUGAUAAAAGUGAAACGGGCAUCGUACCUUCACGUCUGGUGUCACCCGAGUCCCCUUCCUUCUCCUCUAGGUGUGGAGCAGGUGGUUGAGACGUAUUAAACAGGGUAGCUCUUUGCCUUGAGUCCAGUAUUGCAUUUGAAGUCAGCAGAAGGCCUUAUUAUAUUUAAAAUCUACAGCCCUCGACCCAGAGUCCCAACACACACACACACACACACACACACACACACACACACAGCCCAUGUGAAUGUUACAACUAAUGAUAAAGAGCUGCUUAUACAGAGGAAAUAGAAGGUCGCGUUUGUCUUAAAUGAAAUAAUCAUCCAUCUUGAAGUGUUGAAACACUAUCUGCUGUUUGUAACCAGUUACUGUCUGCUUUCUGACAAAAAAAAACAAACAAACCUGUAUUUAAUCUGUAAAGUGUUCAAAACUCUGCUCACAAAGGAUAUAUUCUGCUUUUUUUAUUAGAUUUAUUUUCUACUGGCUGCGGUGUGUCUGACCUGAUGAUUCAUUGUUCUGUAUAUUGUGAAUAAAACUUGUUGCGUGAUCAGA